UGGCGCUGGCAUGGCAAGGCAUGGGUUCUUCUUCCACUAUUGAAGUGAACCAGGAAAUUCAUAAUGGGUCAAUUCAAGAACGAGUUGCGAUUGUCGCUGGUUCGUCCCGCGGAAUCGGACGGGAGAUUGCGCUUCAUCUAGCUUCACUCGGUGCGAGAAUCGUGGUCAAUUACACCUCCAAUUCGGCCCAAGCCGAGUCACUCGCCGCUCAGAUCAAUUCCUCCUCCGGCCCCGGCGGAAAUCCACGAGCCAUUGUCGUCAGGGCUGAUGUUUCCGAUCCGACUCAGGUGAAGUCUCUCUUCGACGGGGCUGAGAAGGCCUUUAACUCGCCGGUUCAUAUCAGGGUUAACUCGGCGGCGAUUGCGGAUAGCAAAUACUCUUCUAUAGCCAAUACUUCCUUGGAGGACUUCGAUCAUACUCUCAGUGUGAAUGUGAGAGGGGCAUUUCUGUGCUGUAAAGAGGCCGCAAACAGGUUGAAACGAGGAGGUGGAGGUCGGAUCAUAAUGUUAUCAUCAUCAAUGGUGGGUUCACUGAAAACAGGCUACGGGGCAUACGCGGCGUCCAAAGCGGCGGUGGAGACGAUGGUGAAGAUCAUAGCGAAAGAGCUAAAGGAGACAGGAAUCACGGCGAACUGUGUGGCGCCGGGGCCAAUUGCGACGGACAUGUUUUUUUCUGGGAAAAGUGAAGAACAAGUGAAGAAGGCGAUUGAAGUGUCUCUGGGUAGGCUUGGUGAGGCCAAGGAUGUGGCCCCUCUUGUGGGGUUUUUGGCCUCUGAUGCUGGUGAGUGGGUUAAUGGUCAGGUUGUUCGUGUUAAUGGGGGCCAUGUUUGAGGGAGAGAAAACACAUUGACCAUUUUUACUCCCUUG